UUCAGAUCCGUCUCGCACACACGCUGUUUCUUGCAUUGGUGCUGCCACCCGAGGAAAUCCCGUUGGUGCACAAUAAAACGCUGGCUAUCCGUGUUAAGAUGGCGACAGUGACCGACUCGCGUUUGCAGCCGUCGCAGAAAGACGCGGCCGACCAAAACUUCGACUACAUGUUCAAACUUCUCAUCAUCGGUAACAGCAGCGUCGGUAAAACCAGCUUCCUGUUUCGCUACGCGGAUGAUUCCUUCACACCGGCCUUCGUCAGCACAGUGGGCAUCGACUUCAAGGUGAAAACCGUUUUUCGCAAUAACAAGAGGAUCAAGCUACAGAUCUGGGACACGGCCGGACAGGAGCGCUACAGAACCAUCACUACAGCGUACUAUAGAGGAGCCAUGGGCUUCCUGCUGAUGUAUGACAUCACAAACCAGGACUCGUUCAGUACUGUCCAGGACUGGGCCACCCAGAUCAAGACGUACUCGUGGGAUAACGCACAGGUGAUUCUGGUGGGCAACAAAUGUGACCUCGAAGACGACAGACUCGUAACGACCGAGGACGGUCUGAGGCUGGCAGAUGAACUCGGUUUCCAGUUCUUUGAGGCCAGCGCCAAAGACAACGUCAACGUAAAGCAGGUUUUCGAGCGUCUGGUGGACGUCAUCUGUGACAAAAUGAACGAAAGCACGGAUGGAGACGUUGUGUCGGACCACAAAGACACCCGUCUGCAGGACACGUCCCCUGAGGAUCGCAGCGCCUGCGCCUGCUAAGAAAAGAAAACGUACUGAGAACUUCUCUUCAUCAUUGCUACCUGCUUUUCUUCUUUACACUUAAACCAGUAUCUGCUGAACACGCUGAGAGCGGACGGUUCAGGUCCUGCAGCUGUACAGACAAGUACGAUGAACCCUGAAGCACAGCCGCCUCACAAAAUCAUAAAAAACGUAACGUGGUUUUAUAAGCAUUGAAGGUGCUGACUCGUCUGAUUUUUGUUAAAGGCUGUUUGUGGUUUUAGCUCAUCUUAUCAUCACCUCACUCGUAAUGUCCACGGCAUUCAGCCGACAGCUACUGUGUUGUCCAUCACAUGUCUGUCUGAGGGUCCGUCUGCUUUAAAUGACAGCGUUAACAGUGAGCUCGGUGGCAUUGUUGAGAUAAACUCAUUGUGAUACUCUUAUAUGCGCGCACAUGUGCCAUUGUCUGAAACGCGCACGCUUGCAAAUUGAAUACAGUGUCCACUCAAAAUUGAAACUUCUGACUAUUUAAAACCCAUUGGGUCUCAAGUAAAAACUUAUUUCUGUGUAUAUUGUUCAAGAAGCCAAUCGUAUGUAACUGUGCAGUUUGUCGUUGUUGCAAGGUUUUAUGAACUUUUCCUCAGAAAUGAGGGCCAUUGUGUGACAGACAGUGUAUCACUUUUCUGUUGUCCUUCGCCGUUUUAAGUUCUGAAAUCUAGUUUCUCAUCGGAGGUGUCAAAAGGUCAGAGCAGGUUUUGCCAGUCUGAAUUGUCAUUUCUUUUGUGGAAGUAUACAUCAGUGCCUGUCUUUCCCUUAUUAUACAGUAAGAAAUGGAGAUGUUUGUAUAAUAAAAUAUAUUACAGAAUCUCUCAUUUGAAAUCAUUUGUCCUUUGCACAGUAUUAGAGUUUAGUGUAUCUUUGGUUUUGUAAUUGCUAAUGUGACGUGAUGUGGCCACGGUAAUGUAUGUGGUGCUGUAACAUUGUGGCACAUUUCACCCCAAAAAUCAAAAGGACGCAAAUCUUUUUUACAUACAUGUCUUUAUGACUCUUAAAAUACAUUGCAUUGUGACAUUUUCAUUCAAAUGAAGCGUUUUCCCUUCAAUUGAUGAGUACUGUAAUUUUCUUUACUGUCAAGGAUUGCAGUACUAUGUAUCCUACCGUAAUAUAAAAAUGCAUUUUUCUCCAUUAAAGUAAUGAGAAUUUUGGGAACAAUAUGCCUGAAUACAUAAUGUCACAGCAGAAUAUCUGAAAUGCAGAACGUUUUAAGAUGAAAUGUAAAGGUUUCGUUGUUUUUUUAGCAGCAGGAGUGAGUUUUGGACUGUUAUAUUUUGUACUGACUCUCAUCGUCUCUAUCUGUGUCCCUGCAGGCUCUAUUGGCUGUCUGUUAUGUCCCCAGUUUCUCUGUCAGAGAUAAAUGCCUGGCGCUUUGUCCUCUAACUCCUUUCCCUCGUGUUUUUAUCUUGUCUGGUAAUAUCGAGUCAUUUUACUGUUGCGUUUCAAUCCAAACCCCCAAAACCCGCCCAUGCUUUGUCUAUGCCCAUGCGAUCCACCCUGUAUGAACGACAUCAGCGUCAGCACCCAUGUGUUACCCGUGUGUCACUUGUUUCUAGCUUCCGUUUUACCCAAAAACGUUUGAUCUACUUUUAAGUUUGAUUUUCCCAUGAGACUAAUUUUUUUUACUUUUUGGCCAAAGCGUUUAGUCAGACUCGUCACCAUGGUGUUCGGAUGUGGUUGGUUUACAGGAUGUAAUUUUGCCUUUCCUAGGGUGUGUUGCUCAGGUGUUCAGGGUGCGUUUCGUUUAAUACCUUAAAUGUCUUUUGAUAUUAUGCUCCCCGUGGCACUUAUUUAAGGAGUGUUAUGGCUUUAAAUGUGUUUCCAUGUACCUUAGAAGACAACUAAUAAAGCAGACUUCAUAUCAAGUGUGUUUCUGCAGGGAACAUGUCUCAGGAACCCGGAGGCCACUUGCCGUUUUGUGCGCUCGCUCGAAGGUCUGUAAUUUACGACCGCGUGGUCGUAUCUUUGGCACAUUCUCUGCUUUUAUCUCCGUGCCCAGAAAACUUCGAAAAAGAGACUUCCUGCUUUUCAUUUUCCUGUUACCCAAACUUCAUGGCCAAAGGAAACGAGGGGCGUGCACCGUUGACCCCACACGAAUCCCACCCUCACCUUGAAAAAUGUGUCAUCUCAUGUCUUAUUUCGACUCGCUGUUUACAUUAGUGAACGCAAUGCUAUUAACUCCUUUCCAAAUAGACAAGUGAUUUUAUAUGAAUAAAACCUUCUAGGGCCCUAAUCAGGUGUUAAAUACGCUUUUAAACAAUGUCCCGGGUCGAAAUAAUGGUAAAGACGUGCCGCAGUGAUAAUGGGCAGUAGGCUGCAGGCGUAGCGGAUUGGUUGGCAAUGCUCACGCUUAUCUGUGCGUAAGAGAGCCUCGGCGCAGAACUGAUAACGCAGGUUGAGCACAAAAUAACAAGAGUGUUAGACUUUGAUAAAAAGCACCGGUUACUGUGUACAGAAUAACAUCAGCAGGUUCGCUCUUAUAAACGUCUCCAACUGGGCACCAGUUUGUAUACGUAACA